AUGCCAAAACAUCAGGUACUAGGUAGACAACGACGCACCAAUCCCGUCGUCUGGUGCUUUGCAAUUGUAUGCUCACUCAUUGCCACUAUCGUCAUCAUUGCUGGAAUCGUUGUCUUUUCUGGGUACCUUGUGAUCCAUCCUAAAAUGCCUAUUCUCAUUGUUCGUGCAGCUCGUCUUGAUCACAUCUGGUACAACCAGGCCGGUGUUCUAGCUGUGAAAUUAAUUAUUGUGAUUCGUGCGGAGAAUCACAACAAGAAAGCGAAAGCUAGCUUCUACGACACCAAGUUGUUACUUGGUUAUCAUGGAGUGAAAAUAGCACAAUUGGUGGCUGACCCAUUUGAUGUACAGAGAAAUGAGACAGCAGAGUUAAACUAUGUGAUAAUGUCAUCUGCGAUGCGUUUGCCACCAGAGGAAGACUAUAUGACCCAACAAUCGUUGGGUAAAACCAAGUUAAUGUUGUUUUACUUAAAAGGGGGUUCAAGAACGACGUGGAGAGUUGGCCCAUUGGGUUCAGUUAAAUUCUCCCUGCAUAUGAAUUGUGAACUCUUGCUGCCAAUUAAUGGGAGUGUGGUGAAUUCUCAUUGCAGCACAAAAUCACAUUGA